AUGAGUGAGUGGAUGCAGGACGGGUAUAUCUGAAGUAAGACGAAUUGAAGACGUUGAAACUUUGAAACGCAUCUAACAGUACUAAAUUUUGAGGAAAAAAAAUCCAGAGUUAAUUGGUUCUUAGACUUUGACUUUUAAAUUAUUGUUAUUAUUAUUAUUUAAUUUUUUUUUUGCUGCAUCCUCUUCAGCGUUUGGAAGACGCCGACUUCUUGUCGGAAGCAGGGUUUUUUUUUUCGCCUGAUCUUUUCUGUCUCUCGUCGCCAUGUCAGUCGGUGACACGUCGGAGCACGAGCGCACUCGGCGGUUCUGUGUCUUGUCCUGGGAGCAGGUGCAGCGUUUGGACUCUAUUCUCGGCGAACCGGUUCCUAUUCACGGCCGUGGAAACUUCCCGACACUUUCUGUUCAGCCCCGACAAAUCGUCCAGGUUGUGCGAACACGGCUGGCGGAGCGAGGAAUCACUGUGCGGGAUGUGAGACUGAAUGGUUCUGCUGCCAGUCACAUUCUGCACCAGGACACAGGACUCGGCUACAAGGACUUGGACCUGAUCUUUGGCAUAUCGCUGUCAGAUGACCAGGCAUUCCAUUUGGUUAAAGAUGUGGUUCUGGACUGCCUGCUUGACUUCUUGCCUGAGGGCGUCAGCAAAGAGCGCAUCAAUGCACUCACUCUGAAGGAGGCCUAUGUGCAGAAGUUGGUGAAGGUGUGCAAUGACUCAGACCGCUGGAGUCUUAUAUCACUGUCCAACAACACUGGCAAGAACGUGGAGCUCAAGUUUGUGGAUUCUCUGAGGCGCCAGUUUGAGUUCAGUGUGGACUCGUUCCAGAUUGGCCUGGACUCACUGCUGCUUUUUGAUCGCUGCUCUGAGACACCAAUGUCUGAGAGCUUCCACCCCACUGUGUUGGGGGAAAGCAUGUAUGGUGACUUUCAGGAAGCUCUUGGUCAUCUUCAUCAUAAAAUUAUUGCUACACGCAGCCCAGAGGAGAUCCGGGGUGGUGGCCUUUUAAAGUACUGCCACCUCCUGGUGCGGGGCUUCCAGCCCAAGUCAGAGGCUGAGAUGAAGUCACUCCAGCGUUACAUGUGCUCCCGGUUCUUCAUUGACUUCCCAGACAUCGGAGAGCAGCAGAGGAAGCUGGAAGCAUACCUGCAGAACCACUUUGUGGGCAUGGAGCACAAGCGCUACAACUGCCUCACCACACUCUACCAUGUGGUUAAUGAGAGUACUGUGUGCCUGAUGGGCCAUGAAAGACGUCAGACAUUGAACCUUAUCUCCAUGUUGGCACUGCGGGUGCUGGCUGAACAGAAUGCAAUACCCACUGUCACCACAUGUUACUACCAACCUGCUCCUUAUGUACAGGAUAUAAACUUCAGUAACUACUACAUAGCUCAUGUGCAGCCAUUGGUUCAUCCCUGUACUAACUCCUACCAGACUUGGCUGCCCUGCAAAUGACCCAAAGAACUUGAAAAUUGAGAACGAUGAAAAUGCCCUUGAAGGGGAAAGCUGUCCCCAACUUCUGGUGGAGUGAUAUUGGCACACAGUAAAUUCCUUUCAUGUUUUAGUCUGCUCAGUGAAGGAGAUUAAAAGCAAUGCCAUCCUGAAGUUAUUUUUCAGUAUAAAUGAGUGACAUUGACUGACUGAAUUUACUGCUGUAUGUCUGACAUGAGCCAAUCCAAUUGCAUAUUCUUUUGCACUCAAAUUCAUUUUGCUGACUGGACAUGGGACAGUUGGUCUUUCAAAUGUAGCAGUUAUGUCUUGGAUUUGCAGCUGGCCUCUUUCAAAUGUAGCAGUUAUGUCUUGGAUUUGCAGCACUUUUGUUGGUCUUUGAAACAAAAGGUUGCUUUUUUUUUAGGUAAUUUUGACAAGUUAACUUUUUCCUGGCUGUGGUUCAAUCAGUUUUCUUCUGUUUAAAGGACCAAAAGGGUUUUUUUUUUUUUUUUGAUGAAGGGAAUCUUUAAAGCAAUUCCAAGUGCCUAAAACAAUCUAUGUACAAAAAGAUGAGAAUUGUGCUCUCAUGAUUUCUUGUAUCCUAUAUUUUCAGGGACAGAAGCA